AUGAAUGUAAUUUUUUUGAUGAUAGUGACCAUGUUAUCAACUUUAACCCAAUUAACGACACAUUAUUCCUGCAUAAUCGCUGCUUUUUUAGUAAUUGCACUUCAGAAGAAGAAGGAGGUUGCAUUUACUACCAAAUUGGCAGAAAUAGUUCCAUCGUUCAACGAAAAUUCUGCUGCACAAAAUGUCAAAGCCAGAGAGUUGGUCAAUUUUCUUAUACAAAAGUUGAGAGAGAUAAUUUAA